UAGUAGUUAAAAGUCACUCAUCGAGUUCAUAGGAAUCAAAUAACUCAUCAUUUUCAUCAAAUGGCAAACUUUCAUCAAGUGGCAAACAAAUCGGCUCGUGAUUUUUCUUAUGAUGAUAUUUACUUCUCUUUACUUGUUGACGAAAUCCAAAACGACGAAAACUUCACAAUAUCAGAUCACAAGUACGCUGAGGAACUUCAGAAUCAAGAAGUAAUAAUGACUUCAACAAUUUUCAAUCAAAACUCAACCAAUUCCCCUGCACCAACAAUUUUCAUUCAAAACUUUACCAAUUCCCCUGCAUCAUCAUGUGUAAUUGCAAAUGAAAGUGCAAUAGGUGAAUCGUCGUUAAGUUUCUGUGAAAUUUGUGCAGAGAGAAAAGGAACUGAUGAAAUGUUCAUAAUAGAGACCUGCAGCCAUGUUUAUUGUACUGAUUGCAUUUGCAAACAUGUAGAGACCAAAAUCCAGGACAACAUUCAAGUUGUGACGUGUCCAGGUGUGGCUUGCAACGCAAUUCUUGAUUUCGAAACAUGUAGUUCGAUUAUUCCUAAAGAUGUGCGUAAUAGGUGGGAUGAAAUUUUGUGCGAAUCGCUCAUUCUUGGCUCUCAGAAAUUCUACUGUCCGUAUAAAGAUUGUUCGGCCAUGCUAGUGAACGAUUCGGACGAAAUUGUUAGGGAAUCGGAGUGUCCUGAAUGCCAUAGAUUGUUCUGUGCACAAUGUUAUGUUCCGUGGCAUUGUGGGGUUGAAUGUGAAGAGUUUCAGAGAUUGAAUGCUGAUGAAAGGGGAAGAGAGGAUUUAAUGGUGAGGGAAUUAGCAAAGGCAAAACAGUGGGGUAGAUGCCCUCAUUGCAAAUUUUUCGUGGAAAAAGCAGAAGGAUGUUUGCACAUGACUUGCAGGUGCGGAUCACAAUUUUGCUAUAGAUGUGGAGUGACUUGGGGAGCACAUCAUGCUUGCUAAUAUAAUUAUAGUUUCUAAAGGACUUGGUUAGCAAGUUCAUGUUUUAGAUCUUCAAAUGUUAUGAGUUGCAUUUUAUGUCAGAUCUGUUUGGUUCGAUAUUAUUAGUGUGGGGAAGUGUGAUUGCAGUUUUUUAUUAUCAAAGGGAAAGUGUCUGACGUGCUGUUUAUGACUUUUUGAUGUCUGAUGUUGUCUUCUUUCCUCUGUGUUUUGAGUUAGGGUCUUUACUUGAAUGAUCAAUAUGUUACUAUGCAAUGCCAUGGAAAGCUGCUUCGAUUAAAACUCGGUUUUCUUAGUGAUUCUAAACGAGGUUUGGAUAGA